AUGUUGUCUAGAUCAUUCACACGUAUCUCAAGAGUAUGUCCCAGUUUUUUUUCCAGCUCCAGCAGCACCCAAACCCCUCCCCCCGGAGGGGGGAGGGGAAACAAGUGAGUUAUUGAAUUUUGGUGGUUGUUUUUUUUUUCCGAAGAAAAAAAAAAAAAGAACUUGUUGCCAGAUCUCCCAGAUCAGAGUAAAUAGCGCAAGUCAUUCAACUAAGGAGGUCAAUUGAGUUGGACGAACUUGUCCAUGUGGCCAUUGGGGACCAUUGGGAAGGCCUUGGGGAGAGAUGGAUCGAGGGGAUGCGUCUGUUUUGGUGGUAAUUGACAAAUGUCCGACAUACACCAGGCACACGUUUUUUUUUUCUCCCGCAGUUAAUGCCGACCGAAGCCUCCUUCUUUUUUUCCCUCCCCUUUUCGGUACUUCCAUUAUCACUGCCACUUGUCCAUAAUGCCGGCCAAUCUGUACUGUGAGAGACAGAGGUCAAGUUUGUUUUUUUUGGCAACACCAGUUGUUCAAUAUCCAAUGGCUCCAUCCAGGUUUAGGUAUAUCCCAUAUCUAUCUAUAUACAUACGUGAGUACUAACAGAACUUUUUCCUUCUUUUUUUUUUGUUUUUGUCUAGUCUGUUUCUCAACAAAAGAGAUUCUUAUCAUUGCAUGAAUACCGUUCAGCAGCCUUGUUGAGCGAAUAUGGUGUUCCCAUUCCAAGGGGUUUCCCAGCCACCACAGCUGAGGGUGCCUUUGAUGCUGCCAAGAAGUUGGGAACUAACGAGCUAGUCAUUAAGGCGCAGGCUUUAACUGGUGGCCGUGGUAAAGGCCACUUUGACUCGGGCUUGCAAGGUGGAGUCAAGUUGAUCUCGUCGGCGGAGGAAGCCAAGGACUUGGCCGGCCAGAUGUUGAACCACAAGUUGAUCACCAAGCAAACCGGUGCGGCCGGUAAGGAAGUUACUGCUGUCUACAUUGUUGAGAGAAGAGACGCAGACAAGGAAGCUUAUGUUGCCAUUUUGAUGGACAGAGCUACUCAGACCCCCAUGAUUGUUGCUUCGUCGCAAGGUGGUAUGGACAUUGAAGGUGUCGCCGAGAAAGACCCCGAUGCAAUCAAGACUUUCCCAGUGCCCUUGGAUGCCGACUUGAGCCUCGACAAGGCCACCGAGGUUGCCUCCGUGUUGGGAUUCUCCAAGGAUGCCGUGCCCGAAGCUGCCAAGACCAUCCAGGCUUUGUUCAAAUGCUUUAUCGAGCGUGACUGUACCCAGGUUGAGAUCAACCCUUUGUCCGAAACCCCCGACCACAAGGUGUUGGCCAUGGAUGCCAAGUUGGGCUUUGACGACAAUGCCUCCUUCCGUCAAGAAGAAGUUUACUCAUGGAGAGACCCAACUCAAGAGGACCCAAAGGAAGCGGAAGCGGCCAAGUAUGGAUUGAACUUUAUCAAGUUAGACGGAAACAUUGCCAACAUUGUCAACGGUGCCGGUUUGGCCAUGGCCACCAUGGACAUCAUCAAGUUGUACGGGGGUGAGCCUGCCAACUUUUUGGAUUGCGGUGGUGGUGCUACUCCAGAAACCAUCGAAAAGGCGUUUGAUUUGAUCUUGUCCGACCCAAAAGUCAACGGUAUCUUUGUCAACAUUUUCGGUGGUAUUGUUAGAUGCGACUAUGUUGCCACGGGAUUGAUCGCCGCUACAAAGAACUUCCAAUUGGAUAUCCCAGUCGUGGUUAGAUUACAAGGUACAAACAUGGCUGAAGCUAAGGAAUUGAUCAACAAUUCCGGCUUGAAGUUGUUUGCUUUUGAAGAUUUGGACCCAGCCGCUGAAAAAAUCGUUGAAUUGUGCCCACCUGUCAAAGCUUAG